AUUGAAAAAAAAAAAAAAAAGAGUCUUGAAAAGGCACACUCACUAGGAAAUUCCAAAGAUUAGCAUAAUUCACAUUUUGACAUGUAGUAAAAGAUAAUGACCAUAAUAACAUGAAAAGGAAUAAUAUUAAAAGAAAGACAAACAAAUACAAAAAGUAUAUAUAAAAAAGAGAAAAAGAAUUAAUAAGAUUAAGAUAAGAACAAAAGAAAUUAAAUAAAGGAACCUUAACCAGCAAACAACAUACAAACACAAUACCACCACCCAACGCACCAAUUUAAUCAUCAUGCAAAUACACCAAUUUUAUUUUUCUUUUCUAUAAAUUCUCCUGAUUAUUCUCUCUCUCUGACCAUGAUAAAAAGGUAUCAGAAUCCAUAAAAAUAAAAAAAAAUAAAACAUUUAUUUUUAUAGCCGCCUAAAAGAGAAAGCAAAUAGAAAGAGUCUUUCUUUCUUCUUUUUUGUGUUGGUUUUGGGUGAAUUGGGUUUUUUCUGAUACGUCUAGACAUCAGUUCUCUGUUUUUUUUUUUUUUUUUUGGUUGAGAAUUGAGUUGGGUGGUAUGGAGAUGAUGCUUUUGCAACUGGGUAACUCUUCUUAUCAAGAGUCUCUCAAAGUUUUAGAGGCUGAUAUACAACAUGCUAAUGCCUUGUAAGGCUGCUGCAAUUCCUAGAGGCAAGCAUGGUACACGUCUUGAAAUGAAAUUAGUUUACAAUCAAUGGACUCCACUCUUUCUCUUUCUGCUACAACGAAUAGACUGCUCUUGCAUAUGUCUACUCCCUAGAUAUCUAAAUCUCUUUCACAUACUUGUAUAUAAGGUAUAUGCUGAUGGUAGACCAAACCUAUCUACACACGGAAGGAAAGCAACUAUUAAGGAAUUCUAUGGUGUUAUAUUACCGUCUCUUCAAAGGCUUCAUAGUAACUUGGAAGAGUUGGAGGAUAUUAAGGAUGGACAUUUGAGAAUGGACAGCUUGGCAAAAAAGAAGGUAGAAGGAGAUUUUAGGCUUGCGAAUAUUGAUUUAGAGAGAGAAGAUGAAUGUGGAAUUUGCUUGGAGCCUUGCCAGAAAAUGGUCCUGCCUAAUUGUUGUCAUGCUAUGUGCAUAAAAUGCUACCGCAAUUGGAAUACAAGGUCUGAAUCCUGUCCCUUUUGUCGCGGUAGCUUAAAGAGAGUUAACUCAGAAGAUCUAUGGGUCCUCACUUGUAACAAUGAUGUCGUUGACACUAAAACAAUUACUAAGGAAGAUUUGUUGCGCUUCUACCUCUAUAUCAAUAGCUUACCAAAAGAUUACCCAGAUGCUCUUUUCUUAGUAUAUUAUGAAUACCUAAUGUGAAUUGAAGUGCGUAAGAGAAUCGAUGUAUAGCAAAAGCCGACCUCCAAAUGUAAAUAGAAUCCCGUGUCUCUGAUUCAUAGACAAAAAUGAUUUUAUCUCA